GGCCGAGUAUUAAGCGUGGAAACGGUGCCCAUACCUGUCGAGUGUAACAACUGGUCGGUGGACACGGAGCAGUCCUACUGGUCCGAUGAGCACCAGAAAAAUAACAACAUGGUCUUCAUAUUGCGGAUAUAUUUUGAAUACGGAAAUACGACCAGGGAACAGUUGGAAAUUAUUGAUUUCAUACCCAGAGUCCAGAUAUGGGACGCGCCGUUAGCUGUGCCCAUAUACGAGUCCUUUUCCAGUUUAUUAAAACGCUCAUCGGAUUGGCUCCGGGAUCAGGCGCCUGGUCUCAGGUUCCUAUCGUGCACUACAGUCGAUGCACCCAUUGAUUACGCAUUUAACGCGGAAUCCAUUAAAGAGAACCUGAAUUCAAAUCAAAGUAGUAUUGAUAGUCGAAAAAUGUUUUACUCAAAAAACAACUCCACGUCCGCCACCGGCGCCACUACCGGCCCCUCGACGCCCGACAAAGUCAAUCCCCUCCUGACCAAUGAAUUCUCGCUGAAGUUUUUACGGCUGGCAGUGGCCCGACCUCAGGAGGCCUGUCCCGAGUCACACUUCCCUCCGAACCGCGAUUCUGUGAUAUUAAACUGCAAAAUCUUUGUGCCAACCAAACUCGCCAAUGCACUCAAUACAAACGCACCCGACUAUGAGACCGUCAGUACAAGUAAACGCAAAAUUGAGGCCUGGCUUAUGGCUACUGGGGCUAAGAUAUUAUCGGCCGAAACGACGGUCAUAUCGAUCCCAUUCAGCUCCAGUUCCAUCGCCACGACCGUCGACUCGUGUCUCAAAUCCAAUUCCCAGGUGUUGGGCCACUAUCUGACCAUUUAUCGCAUUUAUUUGGAC